AUGUUUCGCGCUGUUUUGCCCCGGGCUACGCCGCGGGCUGCGCUCCGCGCUGCCGGCCCGAAGGCUGUUCCUUCAACUUUCAUCACUCCCCCCAUGGUCUUCAUUGGCCGCUCAAAACGCGGCUAUGCCUCUGAUGCUGCUGACUUUUUGCCCGGCCUUGCCGGGGUGCUUGAAACAGGCGAGCACGAUCUCGUUAUCAUCGGUGGUGGUGUCGCUGGUUACGUCGCUGCUAUCAAGGCUGGCCAGGAGGGCCUCAAGACUGCCUGUAUUGAGAAGCGUGGCACCCUCGGUGGUACCUGCUUGAACGUCGGCUGUAUCCCCUCCAAGUCCCUCCUCAACAACUCCCACCUCUACCACCAGAUUCUCCACGACACCAAGAAGCGCGGUAUCGAGGUUGGCGAUGUCAAGCUUAAUCUUGCCCAGAUGCUCAAGGCCAAGGACCAGUCCGUUGAGGGUCUCACUAAGGGUGUUGAGUUCUUGCUCAAGAAGAACGGUGUCGACUACAUCAAGGGUGCCGGUUCCUUUGUGGACGCCAACACCGUCAAGGUCGACCUGCUGGAUGGUGGUGAGCAGACUGUUCGCGGCAAGAACAUCCUCAUUGCCACCGGUUCCGAGUCCACCCCCUUCCCCGGCCUCAACAUUGAUGAGAAGCGCAUUAUCACCAGCACCGGUGCCCUUGCCCUCGAGGAAGUCCCCAAGAAGAUGGUUGUCAUCGGUGGUGGUAUCAUUGGUCUGGAGAUGGCCUCCGUUUGGUCCCGUCUUGGCGCUGAGGUUACCGUUGUUGAGUUCUUGAACCAGAUCGGUGGUCCCGGCAUGGACGCCGAGAUUGCCAAGCAGGCUCAGAAGAUUCUGGGCAAGCAAGGUAUCAAGUUCAAGACCGGCACCAAGGUCACCAAGGGCGAUGACAGCGGUGCCACCGUCUCCCUGAGCAUCGAGUCUUCCAAGGGUGGCAAGGAGGAGACCCUGGACGCCGAUGUCGUUCUCGUCGCCAUUGGCCGUCGCCCCUACACUGAGGGUCUGGGUCUUGAGAACGUUGGUAUCGACAAGGAUGACCGGGGCCGCCUGGUGAUCGACCAGGAGUACCGCACCAAGCUGCCUCACAUCCGUGUGGUCGGUGACGUUACCUUCGGCCCCAUGCUGGCCCACAAGGCCGAGGAGGAGGCUGUUGCCGCUAUCGAGUACAUCAAGAAGGGUCACGGCCACGUCAACUAUGCCGCCAUCCCCAGCGUCAUGUACACCCACCCCGAGGUCGCCUGGGUCGGCCAGAACGAGGCUGAGAUCAAGGCCUCCGGUGUCAAGUACAAUGUCGGCACCUUCCCCUUCAGCGCCAACUCUCGUGCCAAGACCAACCUUGACACUGAGGGUGUUGUUAAGUUCAUCUCCGAUGCCGAGACUGACCGCAUCCUUGGUGUCCACAUCAUCGGCCCCGGUGCCGGCGAGAUGAUCGCCGAGGCUACCCUGGCCAUUGAGUACGGCGCCUCCAGCGAGGAUGUUGCCCGUACCUGCCACGCCCACCCGACUCUGUCGGAGGCCUUCAAGGAGGCUGCCAUGGCCACCUACUCCAAGCCCAUCCACUUCUAG